UUUUUGAUCUGUCAAUAAUUUUGAAUUCAACCACGGGAAUUCAACGGAUCACUCAAUUUUCCAAUGUGGUUUUUGUGUUUAAAUAUUAGAAUUGUGCAAAUAUGUAUGUGAAAGUUAUAACUACGAAACAACCCUCUUAUUUGGAAGCUUUAUUGCAAGAAAAUUGUAAUCUUAAACUGGUUUUUAAAGAGAAGAAAGCUGAAAGUCCACAUAUAAUCUCUGGGGAAGAAACUGAAAUUCAUGAGUUGAGUGAUUUUGACCUAACAGGAGAUCCUUUAAAAACAGAUCUUGGGGGUGAUGAUAUAAUUGAAGAUAUAAUUUUAACAAAACCUACUAAUUGGUCAUCUGAGGAAGCUCAACAGUACCCACUUGCACUAUCUGAAGCCAGAACAUUUAUAAAUAACCAGUUGAGGCUUAAGUCACGUAAUGAGUCAAUAUAUUGCAUCUGUGAUGGAAGUGAUGCUAAAAAAACUGUUGGAUUAGGUACUGUUGUAACCCCCAAAAAAAUUGUUAGAACUCUUGUUCACGUUUUGCCUUGUUGUUACGAUAAUAAUAGUGAGCAAACUAUUGAUCAUCUGAAAAAUGAGUUCCUAAAAUCGUUGAAAAAUGCGAACGCGAAUGUUAAAACUUUUAUUAAAAAAUCUUACAAUUUGUUUGGCUACAACUUGGAAAAUUGUCACUCCUUUCAAAAUGUUGAAUACAAUGGGAAUAUAACUAUUGAUGUUUCAACUUUUAUGGAUAGUAAAUCUUCCAAAAAUAAUACGGUUUCAAAGAUGAAUUUUCAAGUUAUAAUUGGCCAUAAUAAUUCUCGUAUUAAUCGGUUAUAUCAAGAAUUAUGUCUUGUACAAUCCUACAUUACUCUCCUUCAAGAUACACAACGAGUCAACGAUAAUACUAUUAUCAAUUCUGAACAUGAUAUGGACCCUAGCGACAUCAAUUCAAUAAUAUUGGAUUUUAUCCAUGCCCAGAAAUCAUACGGUGGGCGCAGUUUUACCAAUUUGGAUUUAGAAAAUUUGAGGCAAACAAACAUUUUGGACAAAUUAUGGGAUAGCUUGAAGCAUUGUAAAACUGUGGGUGAUUUAUGCCAUUGUUUCCAAUUCUUUUUUGAAGAAUUUGAAACAGGAGUUCAGACCGUAGAAGAAAGCGACUGCACCCUUGCAGAACUUGUAAACGGUCGAAUUAUCGUCUCUUCUUUAAGUCUUCCUCAAUGUGUAGAACUCCUCAUAGAGUUAGGCUUAAUUAAGCUUAAAAAUGAUUACCUCGCCAUCAUCACCAGUUUUUAUCCAUUCGCUAAAGAUUCACUUUUGAAGAUGUGGAACGAUUUGAAAGCCGAGACUAAUGUUAACACAGAUCUGCAACGCAAGUCUAGAAUUAGUGUAAACACCAAAUCUGUGAUUGCCGACAUGACAAGCAACAAACUUAAAUUAUUUUACUUGGAUUCAUUGCACAAAGUUAGCGAGUUGAUGCUUUUAUAUAAGGAUAAUUUGUCAAUUUUGGAAGAGUAUUUUGAUACUUUUUGUGAAGCUGUGUGUAAAAGAUUUAUAGAUAAAUUUGAGAAGGUAGUUGUUUGGACUGAUCUGAAACAGUUGCGCGUUUGCCACUUCUCAGAUGUUGUUUCUUCAACAGGAGAUCAGCUGUUUUUGCAAAAUAAUUCACCCAUUACCUUUGCUGUAAAAAUGAGUUCUAAAGUGGAUUCAGAGGAGAUUAUCGUGGUGCAUCACUUUUCGGAAUUUCUUAUCCUUCCGCCUUGCGUUUAUGAUAAUUACGAAAUCAACUGCGAUGAAAAAGAUGUUAAAACAUUGUAUGUUACGAAACUUGUUGGUUAUAUUGACCAUUAUUAAUUACUUAAUUAAAAAAUAAAAUAUAUAUAAAUGAUAA